AUGCUAGUUAUAAUAAUUAAUAUUUUACAGCUUAUUAUAGCAAGUAAUAAUUGUGAUGAUCAGUUAAUGACUAGAAAUAUUAGAAGACAAAUGUUUUUUUUGGUUGAUAAAAAAAUUAAAAAUAAAGAGUUUAUUCUCCUUGAAAAUGCUGCUAAAGAUUUAUAUGCUUAUUUUAGAAAAGGAAUUUUAGUUGAUAUCAACAAAAUAGAAAUUACGAUUUGUCAUGUUUAUAAGGAUUGCAAAACUAAUCAUAAUUUUACUUAUACAGCUGACAAACUUGCUGUAGAUGAUCCAGAUUUAUUUAAUAUUUUCAGUUUUUUUAAAAGUUUGAACGUUGAAAGAGUUUUUUUAAGCACUUCUUACUACAUUUCACACUUUUUUAAAACUGAGAACGGAAGUUUUAUUUUAGCUGACUUUAUGAAUAAGCUUUCUGCACGAAAUGGGGGACCAGAGUUUGUGUACGAUACAGUUUAUCCUAUCUUUAGUUAUUUUCACCGAAAUAAACGAUGUAUAAAUCCAUAUUGUAGUGCUAUUACCGAAUACAGACAGAAUUUUGGAAAAUUAGAUUUUUGUAUUACUAACGAUAAUAAAACAGGAUAUGUGUUUUCUAUCGAUUGGGGUCAACUUGAUUAUUCUGAUUUUUUAAAGAAAAAGAUAAAAUUAUUGUAUAAUGACAACUGGCAACCAGUUUAUAAUUUUUUGCUUAACUUUGAUAUAGUAAAAUCUAUGGCGUUUUGUAGCUUAAUAGAAAAAUUUUAUACAUUUUAUCGUCAAAUGAAGAGAACUAAUAAUUUCCCUAUUGGAACUUUUAUUAAGAUUACCGAAGAAAAUAUAAUCUUUCACGAAAGGUUUAUAUACGCAGUUGAAUUAGAUAAAUUAGUUGGUGUUAAAAUCAAUUUUACCACCUAUGAAGAUUUUAAACAAUUGAGGUCACAGUUAUUAUCAUUGCCUUUAGAUCGUAGUAAAUGGGCGAUGUUUACUUUAUUUUCUCUUUCUGGUAAACCUCUUGUUAUUUGUUUAGUAAAAAGAAUUCUAUACUCUAACUUAUCAGCCAAAAAAAUUUUUUUUUUAGAAGUACUUUUUUCCAUAGGCCUUAUUGAAAGAUCAGAUAUCAAUUGGUUUUUAGCUUCUAUUUUAGAGAAAAGUGAAAUUUAUGUUUUUAGAACUUUAAAUGAGUCUUACAUUACAAAAAUAGUUGAAUCUAUCAUGAACAUAGAACUAAGAGACAGAACAUCUUAUGAAUAUAUCUAUUUUUACAUUAUUGUUUAUUUUGAAUUCGAAAUAUAUGUUGAUGAAUGUGAAACUGCCAAGGAUAAAAUUUUUACGUUACUUGAAAAUUAUUACAAGUUAUUAGAAGUCAAAAAUGUUUGUAAAGAUUUUAUAGAUUGUUCUAAAACCACUGUUGAUAAUAUUUGUCAUACAUAUUGGGGGCUAAUGGAAAAUCUUAAUAUGAUUUUGUUUUGCAGCAGUAAUAAAACCUCUUUUAAUGAGUAUUAUUGUUUAGUUGAGACAGUUUUAAGUGAUUUAUCGAAAAAUGAAGAUUUUAUAAAAAAGUUUUUACGUAAUUAA